GCCCACAGCAGCGUCCACGCCUGAAACAGGAAGCCCUGUUGGGCCUGUAUACAAGCCGCCACUGAGAAUUGGACUUGAGGAUGGAGGAGCAGCAGGCACUGGUGGCCUCCAAGGACGGAGAUGUGGCCACCUUGGAACGGCUGUUUGAGGCAGGUGCUCUAAGCCCAGGCAUCACUGAUAACUUGGGGGCUGGCCUGGUGCAUCAUGCCGCCCGGGCUGGCCACCUGGACUGUGUCAAGUUCCUGGUACAGAGAGCCAAGCUGCCCGGCAACCAGCAGGCACACAACGGGGCCACGCCAGCGCACGAUGCAGCGGCCACUGGCAACCUGGCAGAGCUGUGCUGGCUGGUCCGUGACGGGGGCUGCAGGCUGCAGGACCAAGAUGCCUCAGGUGUCUCUCCGCUGCACCUGGCUGCUCGGUUUGGACACCCGGCACUGGUGGAGUGGUUGCUACGUGAAGGCCACGCAGCCACACUGGAGACGCUGGAGGGGGCCUUGCCACUGCACCACGCUGCCGUCAGCGGUGACCUAACCUGUCUGAAACUCCUGACAGCUGCCCACAGCGGUGGUGUGAACCAGCGGACACGCAGCGGUGCCUCUCCACUCUACCUGGCCUGCCAGGAGGGCCACCUGCACCUGGCCCAGUUCCUGGUGAAAGACUGUGGGGCCGACGUGCGCCUGCGAGCCCUGGACGGCAUGAGCCCCCUGCAUGCUGCUGCUGCUCGUGGCCACUACUCUGUAGUUGUCUGGCUGGUCGCGCUCACAGACGCCGGCCUGGCAGCACGGGAUGACGAAGGGGCCACUGCCCUGCACUUUGCAGCUCGCGGUGGCCACACGCCCGUUCUCCACCGGCUCCUGCUCAUGGGCGCCCCCGUCGUGAGGGACUCCUGGGGAGGGACUCCUCUGCAUGACGCAGCGGAGAACGGACACAUAGAGUGCUGCCAGACCCUGCUCUCCCACCACGUAGACCCCUUCCUAAGGGAUGAAGAUGGGUACACAGCCUUGGACCUGGCCGAGUAUCACGGACACCAGGAUUGCGCCCAGUACCUUCGGGAAAUGUCUCGGCCGGUGCCAGUCCUGAUGACACCCCCGCCCCCACCAUUUCCACCUCCUCCACUGUUGGCUGCAAGGCUCUCCCUGGAAGAUGGAAGAAGAGAGGACUCAGGACUCAGGAGUCCCUCGCCAGCUGUAACUCUCAGCCCAGACUGGCCUGGUCAGCCUGUCCCAAGGGAGCCAAUGGCCUGCACAGCCCCUCUGAGGGUCACGUCCAGUGUCCCCACUGCCCCUCAGGGGCCUGACGUGGAAGCCUGGGACCCUCAUGAUGGCCUGGCCGCUCUGCAGCUGGAUGGGUUGCCUUCAGGAGACCUGGACAUGCUGGUGCCCACCCAGGACGAGCGUGGCCGGCCCAUCCCCGAGUGGAAGCGGCAGGUGAUGGUUCGGAAGCUGCAGGCGCGCCUGGGUGCAGACUGUCCUCCAGAUCAGGACGAGGGCCAGAGCCGCAGCUCAGGCCGGAGCUCAGGCCCCGCCCCCGCGGAGCAGGCAACUUGGAGGUAUUCGCAGACGCACCAAGCCAUCCUGGGCCCCUUCGGGGAGCUGCUGACGGAGGACGACCUGAUCUACCUGGAGAAGCAGAUCAACGACCUGCAGCUCCGGCGCCGAUGCCAGGAGUAUGAGAGCGAGCUGGGCCGGCUGGCAGCGCAGCUGCAGGCCCUCCUGCCCGAGCCCCUGGUCAGCAUCACCGUCAACAGCCACUUUCUGCCCCGUGCUCAGGGCCUGGAAGACGAGGAAGCCCCAGUCCCGGUGCCUGAGCUGGAGGCCUCGGCGGAGCCCGGGAAGGCCGAGGCCAGCGCGCAGCCGCUGCCCUUCUGGUGCAGCCACAUAGGCCGCCUGGUGCGCAGCAUGUCCCUGCUGCUGAAGGGCAUGAACGGGCUGGCGCAGGGCGAGGAGAAGCCGCCCACCCCGGUCCGGCAGGACCCAGGCAAGGAGGCCGUGGCCUGCCCACCCCGGAGCGAGGCCCAGCGCGAGAUCCAAGAGUGCGGGGUGUCGGUGCGGACGCUGCGGGGGAACUUCGAGUCCGCCCCGGAUCUGCCCUGCGCCUCGAACUCGGGUCCCUGUGAGCUGGGGGCGCGGCCCGUCCAGUGUAUGCGAGGCUGCUGGUCGGUGCCGCCACAGCCCCGAGGCGACCCAGUGGGCGGGGAGCCCAGGCCCGGCGACACGGAGGAGGCCAGCGACUCGGGCAUCAGCUGCGAGGAGGCCCCGUCGGAAGCUGGCGCGGGGCCGGGGCUGGACCUGGCCAGCCUGCGCAAGGAGCGCAUCGUCAUGCUGUUCCUCGGCCACUGGAAGAAGUCCGCCUACACGCCCGCGCUCAGGACGGCCGCCUGCAGGACCCUGGAAGCCCGGCGUGCGCGAGCCGAGGGCCCCGCGCCGGCCGGGGCCUCGCGGCCACCCUCCCCGCAGCCCAGCGGCGGCCCCCGGCUCGGCCACCUGUGGCAGCAGCGUGGCAUCAUCACCCACCUGCUGGGCACCUGGAAAGCCAUCAUGGCGCACGUGCCGGCCCGGCAGCUGCGGAGGCUGAGCCGCAGGGCGCGCGGGCCGCUGUCCCCCGAGCAGUUCCUGCCGCACGUGGACGGGGCGCCCGUGCCCUACGACAGCCUCUCGCUGGACCUCUUCCUGCUCGGCUACUUCCAGCUCCUGGAAUGCGACCUGCCGGCCGAGGAGCGCAAGAUGCGCCACCUGCUGUGCUUCGAGGUCUUCGAGCACCUGGGCGCACACGGCUGGGAGGCCGUGCGCGCCUUCCACAGGGCGGUGACCGACGAGGUGGCCGCGGGCCGCCGGGCCUGGACCGACGGCUUCGAAGACAUCAAAGCCCGCUUCUUCGGCUCCGCGUCCCAGGGUCCCCCCUGGGAGGGGCAGCCCGGCCGCGAGCUCGGCUCCUCGCCCCACGCUGCCCUCCCUGGCAGCGGCCCCGAGCCUGCGACUCGGAGGCUGGGGUCCGACUCCCAGCGGAGCAGCUUCAACAGUGGGGACAUCUGUGGCUACAUCGACCGCAGCUUCGCCUUUUGGAAGGAGAAAGAAGCCGAGAUGUUUAACCUCGCAGACUGAUGGUUCAGCGGGUAGAAUGGGAUUCUGGGGAGGUUUGGGGUUCCUCUUCUUCGUUCUUUGCACUCUCUGGGGGUUAGGUGAAGUGGGCUGGGUGAUGGCUGACUCCAGUCCAUCUUUACAGAGAUCGGGGAUGGUGUCCAUCUCUUCUGAGCAGUGACUUGGGGUCAAAAUCCUUCUCGUUUGUGAACACAGCCCGCAGGCCCUCAGCGGCCAUGUGGGUCGGAUGGUCCUACAGCCAAGGUCCCAGCACCAGGACCCCCUGCCAGUCUUGCUUUCAGCAGUCACGUGACUGUCUCUCCCUUCAGUUUCCACGUGCAGGUGCGCUCAGCUACACCAACAGCUUCUCCUGGUUAGUCAUGGUCGCUGCUGUCCGGUGCUAGCAGCAUCCUUCCUCGGGCACUGCCUGGUCCCUGAGGCUAGGCUCCCCAUCAGGCCUUUGUCUUCUAGCUGACCAGCCCUUCCCAGACUCACAGCUGGAGGCAGUGGCAGGGCCACAGGAGGACUCUAGGAGCAGGGGCACCAAGAAUGUCCACCAAGAGAUGAGGAGUCCUCAGCGCAGAAAAGUUGGUUCCCUCUGAAGGGAAACUGAGCUUCUGAACCUGGGAGCAGCAAGGGCAGGACAUGCCAGGGGUGUUCGUGGGGGCAUGUGGGAGUCCCCACAGAAUAGAGAAAGGAGCCAAACACCCUUGCGGAUUCCAGGGACCAUAGAGAACCACGGCAGCCUGGUGCUAGAGGGAGGCCGCAGACCACUGACUGCAAGAUGGGGCUCUAUUCCAGCUCCUGGUGACAGGCAGAAGAGCCACCGCCCAGCUCGUGGGGCCCAGGAGAACUGGACUGGAACCCAUGGGGGACUUUGGGGUGGCUUUUUGAGAAAACUACAAUAGGCCCUAGAGGCAAAGGCACAGACAAUGGGAAAAGAGUCUCCUACGGUGUCCCCACCAUUGGGGGGGGAGCAGGGAGCCCUAACCUUGGACUUUUGGAUGACAAUGCGCAGGCUGUUGGCUGGAGCAGAGCCUACAGACUUAAGACUAGGUAGGAGUCCCAUGGCAAGAGACCUCCAGGGAGCUAAAGCUGGCAUAGCUAAUGGGUGUUGGUGCUGCAAGAGCCACAGUGGGCAGGCCUCCAGCCCUGGCCCUCCCUGUGACCUGCUUUGGGGUGACUAGGCCCUUGGCUUCCUUGGCUUCUAGAGCUUCAUCAGGAGCUGGAGCUGGAUGUGUGUUUGCAAAAUAAAGUUCCUGUUUCUGGCUGGUG